AUGCCUCCUUCCAGUGAUCGUACUCGGGAGUCUAACCUUCGAGGCUUGGUCAACCCGGGUGCUCUGAAACCGGUCGUUCCCCGCGCCAUCUACCAGGACCCUCGCUAUCACAACACCCAUCCUUCCUCCACUAAUCAGCACACCAACAACUCUGCCGCGGGCCCCUCCAGCUCAGCCUCCACGAGCGCCCCUUCCUCCAAUACCGAGCCCAAUCGCUCCCACCUGCCCCUUCCUCCCAACAGUGAGGACCAGUCCGCCCUCGCGAAGAAGUGGGCCAGUCUCACCACAGCCUUCAACCUCGGCCUCAAGCAAGGCUACAGAGACAUGCCCCGCAACGCCAUGAAGCCCCCCGAAACCAUCCUGCCGGCCGUGCACCAGCUCUUCGCGCAGGCGCUCGAGGAGACACGCACGACCAGCUGUCCCUGGUACAGGUGCUAUUUCAGCACCUCCAAUGCCACCGCGUUCAUCGGGCACUUUUUCGCAGCACACGCCAGAGGGAGCAAGUGCGAGAUCAGAGACGAUCUCGGGUACUGUGCGGCCGUUCUGGAGGAUUGUAAUGUGCAGGAGCACUUCGAGUACAAGCACGGCAUUCUCUUGAGUCACGACCCGCAAACUGCCCCGAAGCCUCACGAACGCGCAAAGCCUCGCCAGACCCCCGCAGUCCAUAACCAGGGUCCCGUUCAGCGCCGCUGA